AGCACCCCCCGCGCGAGCGGGCGCGCAAGCGCCGCGCGGUCGUUUCCGCUUCCGUCCCGACGUGCCGUCGCCGUCAGGGCCGCCGCUGACCGGGCCGGGGCCUACCGGGGCCGAGCCCCGCCCCGCCCGCACCGGAAGCGGUUUGUCUGGCCGACAGCGCCGCAGGAACAUCGGCUUCACGUUCUCACCGUUCCGGGCUGUAACGUGGUGAAAACGGUAAAAGUGAAAUAAUUCCGUUUGGCUCCUGGCAAAGAUGUCGCUCUCCAAAAGGGAAUUGGAUGAGCUGAAACCAUGGAUCGAGAAAACGGUGAAGCGAGUCCUGGGGUUCUCAGAGCCCACCGUGGUCACCGCAGCGCUGAACUGCGUCGGGAAGGGCAUGGACAAAAAGAAAGCGGCCGACCACCUCAAGCCCUUUCUUGAUGAUUCCACCCUGCGAUUUGUGGAUAAGCUUUUUGAAGCGGUGGAGGAAGGCCGAAGCUCCAGGCAUUCAAAAUCCAACAGUGAUCGGAACCGGAAGCGAGAGCUGAAGGAUGUGUUUGGUGAUGACUCUGAGGUAUCCAAGGAAUCUUCUGGUGUCAAGAAGCGGCGCAUACCACGAUUCGAGGAGGUUGAGGAUGAGCCUGAGGUCAUUCCAGGCCCGCCGUCGGAGAGCCCUGGGAUGCUGACCAAGCUGCAGAUCAAACAGAUGAUGGAGGCAGCCACCCGGCAGAUUGAAGAGAGGAAAAAGCAGCUGAGUUUUAUCAGUCCUCCAACACCACAGCCAAAAAUUUCUUCUUCCUCCCAAUCGGAACGUCUUCCCAUCGGCAAUACGAUCCAGCCUUCCCAGGCGGCGACGUUCAUGAAUGACGCCAUUGAGAAAGCCAGGAAAGCUGCGGAGCUGCAGGCCCGAAUCCAGGCUCAGCUGGCUUUGAAACCGGGGCUCAUCGGCAACGCCAACAUGGUGGGGUUGGCCAACCUGCACGCAAUGGGGAUCGCGCCACCGAAAGUGGAGCUGAAGGAUCAGACAAAGCCUACGCCGCUGAUCUUGGAUGAGCAAGGCCGAACUGUUGAUGCGACCGGUAAAGAGAUUGAGUUGACUCACCGCAUGCCAACCCUAAAAGCAAACAUCAGAGCUGUGAAGAGAGAGCAGUUCAAACAACAGCUUAAAGAAAAGCCCUCGGAAGAUAUGGAAUCGAACACUUACUUUGACCCCCGGGUCUCCAUAACCCCAGCCCAGCGUCAGAAACGCACCUUUAAGUUCCACGAAAAAGGCAAAUUUGAGAAAAUUGCGCAGAGGUUGCGAACGAAGGCUCAACUAGAAAAACUGCAGGCAGAGAUCUCUCAGGCUGCCAGGAAGACGGGGAUACACACUUCCACCAAGUUGGCUCUUAUUACCCCAAAGAAGGAGCUGAAAGAAGGGGAGAUCCCGGAGAUAGAGUGGUGGGACUCCUACAUCAUCCCUAACGGCCUCGAUUUAAAAGGUGGAACGUCUUCAAAGAGAGAUGAGUACUUCGGGAUCACAAACCUCGUGGAGCACCCAGCACAACUCAACCCGCCAGUGGACAGUGACACACCAGUGACCCUAGGUGUUUAUUUAACUAAGAAAGAGCAGAAGAAAUUACGGCGACAGACUCGGAGAGAAGCCCAGAAGGAGCUGCAAGAGAAAGUCAGGCUGGGCCUGAUGCCGCCGCCAGAACCCAAAGUAAGAAUUUCAAACUUGAUGCGAGUACUGGGGACAGAAGCUGUUCAGGACCCAACAAAAGUCGAAGCUCACGUUAGAGCGCAGAUGGCAAAGAGACAGAAAGCUCAUGAAGAAGCAAAUGCUGCGAGAAAGCUCACAGCAGAACAGCGAAAAGCGAAGAAGGUUAAAAAGCUGAAAGAAGACGUUUCGCAGGGAGUUCACAUAGCUGUGUACAGGGUCAGAAACUUGAGCAAUCCAGCAAAAAAAUUCAAAAUCGAGGCAAACGCUGGCCAGCUGUACUUAACAGGCGUGGUGGUUUUACACAAAGAUGUCAAUGUUGUCGUGGUAGAAGGAGGCCCGAAAGCACAGAAGAAAUUCAAACGUCUUAUGCUUCAUCGAAUAAAAUGGGACGAGCAAACAUCGAACACAAAGGGAGAGGAUGAUGAUGAAUCCGAUGAGGAGUCCGUUAAGAAAACAAACAAAUGCUCUCUGGUUUGGGAGGGCACAGCAAAGGACCGCAGCUUUGGCGAAAUGAAAUUUAAGCAGUGCCCCACAGAGAACAUGGCACGGGAGCACUUUAAGAAGCACGGCGCGGAGCACUACUGGGACCUGGCCCUCAGCGAGUCCGUGCUGGAGUCCACAGACUGAGGUGAGGGGGCCGCCAACACCCCCCUCCUCACACCACAACCCACCUCCCUGCCGGAUCUCGGACAGCCCCCUUCCUCCCUUUGCUCUCCUCAGCACACCGAUUAAAGACAUAUUUUUUAAAACAAA